GUUCGCGUCGGCGGAGAGGCCGCGACAACCGCAUCAGAGCUGACGUGGGAGCGACGUGGGUCCGCAUCCGCCGGGUUGCCUGGGCGGCGGCCGUCGGGCUCUGCGUCCCCACCUCCUCCCGUCCGUAAUCAGUGACGAGGUCCGCUACGUAAACCCUUCGCGGCGGGAUAAAUAAGGAAAACAGGGAAGGAACAAAGCAUUGAUUACACAUGUAAUAAUAAUGAGCAAAUGUGGCAGGAAAAAGUAUAUGAGGACAAAUGUAAGGCAAAUGACCAUGGAAACAGUUGAAUCACAGCAGGAUCGAAGUGUAACACGUUCUGUGGCAGAGCAUAGCUCUGCUCAUAUGCAGACUGGCCAAAUUUCUGUUCCUACUCUAGCUCAGGUAGCAACAAUUGCAGAGACAGAUGAUUCUGCAGACUCAGAAGUAAUUGAUUCGCAUAAACGUAGAGAAAUUCUUUCACGAAGACCCUCAUAUAGAAAAAUACUGAAUGAACUUUCCUCUGAUGUGCCUGGUAUUCCCAAGAUUGAAGAAGAAAAAUCAGAGGAAGAAGGGACACCACCUAACAUUGCUACCAUGGCAGUACCAACUAGCAUAUAUCAGACUAGCACGGGGCAAUACAUUGCUAUAGCUCAAGGUGGAACAAUCCAGAUCUCUAACCCAGGAUCUGACGGUGUUCAGGGACUCCAGGCAUUAACAAUGACAAACUCAGGAGCUCCUCCGCCAGGUGCUACAAUUGUACAGUAUGCAGCACAGUCAGCCGACGGUACACAGCAGUUCUUUGUCCCAGGCAGCCAGGUUGUUGUUCAAGAUGAGGAGACUGACCUUGCCCCAAGUCACAUGGCUGCUGCCACAGGUGACAUGCCAACUUACCAGAUCCGAGCUCCUACUACUGCUUUGCCACAAGGUGUGGUGAUGGCUGCCUCACCAGGAAGCCUGCACAGUCCACAGCAACUAGCAGAAGAAGCAACACGCAAGCGGGAGCUGAGGCUGAUGAAAAACAGGGAAGCUGCCCGGGAGUGUCGCAGGAAGAAGAAAGAAUAUGUCAAAUGUCUUGAAAAUCGUGUGGCUGUGCUUGAAAAUCAAAACAAGACCCUCAUUGAGGAACUCAAGGCCCUCAAAGACCUUUAUUGCCAUAAAGCAGAGUAACUGUGUUUGACUUGGACCUUGUUGACUGUGAACUCUAAUCGGGGCAGGCGAUGCAACAUCCUCAUAAUGGCCACAUGGACUUGUAGAUGGGUCUCUUAACCCUUGCUAUAGAAUAUAGUCUGCUGUAGGGUGUGAAUUGGGAAUACUGUUCCAUGGGUUGGAAUGCAGCUCUCCUCAUACUACCAAGCUUGCUCUUUUGCCAAUAGCAUGCAACAUACGUUUUGUUUGCCCUUCUGCUUCUACUUUUUUCAGGGAAGCUGCUAAAGAAUGUCGACGUCGAAAGAAAGAGUAUGUGAAGUGUCUUGAGAGUCGAGUUGCAGUGCUGGAAGUUCAGAACAAGAAGCUUAUAGAGGAGCUUGAAACUUUGAAAGACAUUUGCUCUCCCAAAACAGAUUAGUAGAAAUAUUUAACUAUGAACUGAUUACAGCAUGUACAGUUGCUUUUGAAUGCAAUACAAUAUAUAGCCGGCAAGAAUUAUGGCUUUUUUCUUUGUAUCAUUCAUCUGACUUUCUAAAACUAACAUUCCUAAGAUGCUUUGUUGUAUUUAAUUUGCUCUUACCUCUAAGGUCAAUUUUUAAGAAGANACAAACUGUAAAAAAUGUAUGUAACAAAUUCUUAAAAUGAAAUAUUUGUAAGACUUGUUCCAGUGCAACAUAUUUGCAGUUCCCAGUCUCUCUGUCAUGAAUAGUGUCCUAUGCAAUAAAAAUUUUGCAGGUUUUAAGAAUCAUUUUAGGAAAGGGUGNUCAAAGGCAGUGCAUCUCUCCAGUAGUAAGAUAAAAUCAACCCACAGAGAUACCUCAGGAAAGAAUGAAAGGAAGUGUAUCCUGAUGACAUAACUACAUGAGAAUAGCCUACACAUGAAUUUGUGCAUUUAUAGAUUUUUAUGAUCGUCACUUUGUAAAGAAAAUAUUGUAUUGCUGACCUUGGGUNCCACAGUUGAAGACAGUUUUCAAUAGAACCAUGUUGGUUGCUCUUUGUACUAUUUGGUAUUUAUUUAAGUAUGUGAACAUUUACUACAGCUUCCUACUAUGUAUGUAGUAUAUGAAUUUCUACAGAAGUUUGUGCUGCUUUGCUGUUAUCAUAUUUUUAUUAUCUGGAAUGAGUUCCACAAGUAUGAAUUUGUUGCUACACUGGAUCAGCAGCCUUGCAAAUACUGGGCCAUUUCAUUAGAGGACAACUGCAGGGCUCUAGGAGCAGAGUGCAGUGUGGAGCACUUGCCUGGCAUGUGCAAGGCUACACGUUCAGUUGAAAGGGAAGACCUCGAGCUCUGCAAAUGGAAUGGGGUGGGGGGAGAGGUUAGAGGUCAGCCUUUGUGCUGUACUAGGCUUCCUGCUGUUGGUCUGGAGAGUUUCUGCUGAUGACCCUCCAUUGUGAAUUCUUGCAACCUCAGGAAUGCUAACAUUUAAAAAAAGAACCCAAGAUGUCAUUUUUGAUUUUAGAACUUGGAUCAAUUUUGUUUUGCUCUUGGGAAUGUAGCUAUGUACAUUUGUCAUGUAGGUUUAGGCUAGCCUUAAACUCACAAUUCUCUUGCCUCAGCCUUUUGAGUGCUUGGAUUACUGAUGUGGGCCAGAAUAUCCAGUUUGAUGAAGUAUUCUUUUAUAAAAUAUUACUUUGUUUUUAA